UUUCCGUUUAAUUCCUUGAGUUGGCCACGUGGACUUUUGUAGAGCAAAGGAGAAAAUUUUGGAGAGAAAGACAGGAUUUAUUAAGGAUAUAAUUGUCAUUUAAUGAGCUAGUUAUUUUCUUAUAUAUAAUAAAUAGACUACUACCUCUGUCCCUGAAUUUACUUCAUCAUAUAGUGGCACGCGGAUUAAUCGUAUUUAAUCUUAUUUAAAUAUUUGACGAGGCAGUAUAUGUUUAGUACUUUAGUUCUCUUUUUUAAUCUUAUUUUAUUUAUGGCGGUAUAUUAUACUGAUAAACUUUUAAAAUACAAACAGACGUAUAUUUUGAUUUUGGUUAUUUAACAUUUGUCAAUAUAUUGAAGUUUGUGAAUGAUUGCAUAAUUGAUGCUGAAAUCUUAAGCCUUUGGUAUCACAUAAGCGAGCUCAACAUUUGCAGGAAUCCAUUCUAUCUUACCGCAGCAACAAUGGUGUACGGCUAUCUUGUAAGGUGACAACUCCGGUACCCUUUUAAAAUUUGAGGUAGAAGAGACUGUACUUUGCUGAUUUUUGCUAAUCUUAAUAUAUGGACAUUGAUUUUAAAUCAUCUGAGGAAAAAGAGGUCACUAUGGAAACGGAAAGCAAGGGCACGAAGAAGGUUGACAUUUCCAAUUCAAUGGAAAAGCUUCAAAUUGAGGGGAAUUCAUCUAAAUUCAAUAGAAAGCCAGUUAUCAUCAUUGUGGUUGGAAUGGCAGGAAGUGGGAAAACUACAUUUCUUCAUCGACUUGUAUGUCACCUUGAUCCUGCUGUAAUGACCCUUCCAUUUGGAGCGAAUAUUGAUAUAAGAGACACAGUUCGCUACAAGGAGGUUAUGAAACAUUCAACCUAGGUCCUAAUGGAGGAAUCCUUACUUCUCUAAACUUGUUCGCUACAAAGUUUGAUGAGGUAAUAUCAGUCAUAGAAAAACGGGCAGACCAACUGGACUAUGUUCUCAUUGACACACCUGGUCAGAUAGAGAUCUUUACAUGGUCUGCUUCUGGUGCAAUUAUCACAGAAGCUUUUGCAUCUACCUUCCUUACUGUUGUAACAUAUGUUGUUGAUACCCCACGAUCUGCUAGUCCUGCCACUUUUAUGAGCAACAUGCUUUAUGCAUGCAGUAUCCUAUAUACAAAACACGACUGCCUCUCGUAUUGGCCUUCAACAAAACAGACGUAGCACAACAUCAAUUUGCUUUGGAGGAACUGUUCAGAUUAGGUGGAGGGUUAAGUUACUUAACGAAUGGUACACAAUUACUUUGAUUACAUUUUGAGGUGGAUUAGUGAUCCUGCCUUAUCAUUAUGUGAGCUUAGUGGAUGGAGGAUUUUGAAGCAUUUCAUGCAGCACUUGAGUCAGACGACUCUUACACUUCGACCCUUACAAGAAUCUCAAGUCUGUUGGAGUCUCUGCAGUUUCCGGCACUGGGAUUGAUGAAUUCUUCAAUGCCAUCAAUGCAAGUGCUGAGGAGUACAUGGAAACUUACAAAGCCGAACUUGACAAGAGGCGGACGGAGAAGCAACGUCUGGAAGAAGAACGCAGGUUGGAGAACAUUGAGAAAUUGAGGAGAGACAUGAACAGUUCAAGUGGAGAAACUGUUGUCUUGAACACUGGUUUAAAGGACAAACAAGGAAGAAGUAAUAGCAUGAUGGAGGAAGAUGAUGGAGAUGAUGAUGAUGAUCUCAUAAGUGAAAAUGAUGAAUAGGUUGCAAGUUUCCAUUUUGAGAAGGUUAAUGUGGUAUUACAUGUUUGUUUUCUUAGACAAACAUGGUUCACUCACUUCACUGCGUGUAUAUAUUACUGACAUGAUGAAACUGAACUGGACCAGCUGGUUUUUCUUUCCCCGGUAGAAGGCUAUUUUUUAAUGACGUUGGCGACUA